GGACUGCCGGUUCUACGUUUGGGUUAUAAGUUUUAUUUUAUUCCCUGCUGCUAGAUAAACUGAUUCACUUAGAGUCGGAGUCAAACACAACCAGCAGAGUCACACAAGACACACAAUCGUAGUCGUCGCAGUCUGUUUUAGAUAUUGGAUCAGAGUUGUAGUAUGUCGUUGUCGUUGCCACCGCAUACGGGUUGAUUUUAAUUUCAAAAUUAUUUAUAAUAAAUAACAAAGUGAAUUAAUUAUUAUUGAAAAAAAGAAAGAUUGAAAGAAAAUUUAAUACAUUAAUUUAGCUGAAUGAGAAUGUGUGUGAAGAAAGAAAUAUUUCCUUUUCCUGGCUACGAAUUUUUGUUGUAUUAAAUUGUAAACAAACACAACAAACAAAAAAAUUCAAGAAAAUUUUAAUAAAAACACAAAAUUAACAACAAAAUAAAAGUUUAAAAUAAUUGUAAAAUCUUGCGCGCCUACCAGUGGUUCAGAAAUAUGUGAAAGAUACUUGUUGUUUGUCGCGCUCUCUCUCUCGCUCUCGUAUUCAUUCUCAAUCGUAUACUCAGUGCUCCGAUUCAUAGUCAAUUUUAUUAUAUUUGUUAAAUGUGUGAUAAUUUGUUUUUCUGUUCGUCGUUUAAUUUAUUUGCUAAAUAAAAAAUCGUGUGUUUCUUCUUUAAUGUUAUAAUAAAAACAAAAAAACUUAAUUUGCUCUCUCUCUAUCUCAAACCUAUAACUAAAUUUGUAUCUCUUGGAUAUUGGUUGUGUUCUCACACUUGUUGUUAGUGUGUGGCAGACAGUGUGAUUUUAUGAUUUGUUUACACUAACAAGUUGCUGUUGGCUGGUUCGUUCCACAUGUCAUCAUCAUACAUGUUACAAAUCUGUAACAACAAGCUGUUAAAAAAAAAACAAAACAAAUACCUUCCUUCCGUCCAACAGAAAAUUCGUUCUACAUCAUAUUUAGUAUGACGAUUUGGUGGCUAAAACAAUAAAAAAACACAAAAUAGUCUCAUUUUUCGUGGAAGUGUAAAGAACAUCUUAAGAAAAAUAAAAUUGUUACUAGCAGUCUAGUGUGAAUUCUUUCAAACCACUUGUUGUUAACAUAAUUUAGGCGGUAUUUUUUUAACAAAAAAAAAAUCAUAAAGUUUAACGAAAUUUAAAAAAAAACCACGCUCAUUUUUAAUGUUUUCAACAUGGAUGCAACAUCUUCAAUAUCGUCGCUAUCAAACAAUUUGCAAUUAUGCCGCAUUUGCAUUUCAUCAACGCCCUCAACUGCAAAUGGCAGCAGCAUUAAUAAUUGUUCAACACAAAUGAUUUCAAUAUUUGGCGAAGAUUCAUUAUGGAAAAAAAUUACAACGCUGGCUGAUGUUAAGAUCGAACGUGGCGAUACACUGCCCCAACAAGUGUGCAUAACCUGUGCCAAAAACACCAUAUCGGCCUGUCUGUUCAAAAAGAAAUGUGAAGAUGCUGAUAAUUUCUACAGACAACAAUUGCUAAUACGUAAAAUCGAAAGCAAAUCCGAUCACACAAAUACCGUUGAAACGGAAGACGAGGAUGAGGUUGCUAAUGAUAUGACAAAUGGGCAAAUUCACAAACUGGCCGCCAAUAAAAGUGACGAGGAACUCGAAUUGGAUGAACACAAUUAUAAACAUCAGCUACAUCGUCAAAUAAAUGGUGGCGAUCAUAGAUUGGAAGAUGCUGGUGAUAAUGAAAAUCAUGAAAUUGACGAUGAUGAUGAUCAUCAUCAUGGUCAUGUGGUAGAGGAUGAUGGUGAAAUAAAAAGUGCCAAUGGACAAAAACCUGCAUUUGAUUUUAAUUCGAUACGUUUGAUGCAUGAGUACAUGCAACAGCAUUUAAGCAAAUUAAAUGGCAUCCAGCGUAAUGGCGGAAGUGAUGAUGAGGCGGCCGAGGGUACAGCAAGUGAAACUGAUCAAGACGAUGAUGAUGAAGAUGGACCGUUGCCAUUGAUACCGGAAAUUGAGUUAAUAACACCGUCCGAGGAUGGAGGCGCAGGCGCUACUGUUACCAAUGGUACAGCCUCGGCGGUCGAUGCUACUUCUGGCAUGACACACAUGCGUGGCUAUCAAUGUCCGCACUGUUUUCAAAUAUUCGAAAUGAAACAAGUUCUAAAGGCGCACAUGCAAAGUGUUCAUGGCACCUCGGGUCCCGUCUAUGAGUGUACGAAUUGUAAGAAGACCUACUUUUACAAACGUUUCCUGGAGAAACACAUACGUCGUGGUCGUUGUGUUAAGAAAAGACGUAAUCAAACGCGACCCAUGCAAUGUACCGACUGCAAUGUUUUAUUCCCUACUGGUCAUCAUUUGGGCUGGCAUAAACGUACUGGCUGCCCCUCGAAAACAGCAAAAAUGCCUCUGCAACAACUUUUCAAACAAAAUAUCGUGCAAUAUAACAAUUUUCCCAGACGCAUUGGUAUACGAAAACCGGAAAAUGCUAUUUAUCUUCAUAAUCGAAAAAUUAUCAUGGCCAACAAUAAACGCAAGGGCAGAACUCGCAUUAAAUUGGACGCCAAGAAAAUCGCCCUGGCCAAGCAAUUGAUCUUACGAGAAGCCACUACCACAGUCAUUGCUAAUGAAUUGAAUAUAUCACGAACAUUUGCCUGGCGUCUGCGUAAAAGUCUCGUCAAUGGUGUCAGUUUACACGAGCGAGUCAUCGAUCCACCCGAAGAUGAGGAGGACGAUAAUGAUAACAACGAGGCAGAGAUGCCAAAUAAUGAAGAAAGUGAAAUGUUAAAUAUAGAAAAACCCGAAAAUCAACUAAAUCAUCAGCCCUUUACCGAGCACAUUAAACGUGAGCGAGCAGCUACUGAAGAUGAAGAGGAAGAGGAUCAUGAUAAUAAUAAUCAAGAAUCAGAUAAUGAAGAUCACCACCGGCAACUAGAACAACAUCACCUGGAACUGCAGCAACAACAACAACAAUUAAUAAGAGAAAAUAAUAAUGUUAGUGUAGCCACUUCCGUAAUACAACGAACAAAUGAAUUGAAAUUAAAUAAUGCUCAGCAGCAGCAACAAUUAUCAACAACAACAAACGCCAUAUUAGAACAACAUAAAUUGCACAAUAAAAUAUCUGUAGUACAACAACAAAGACUUAUGGAAAUCAAUAAAAAUGCUCACCUAGAUAACAAUGAUACUGCUACCGAUACGGACAGUGAUAAUGAUGAUGAUCCCGACUCAAAUCAUCGUCAUCAUCAAUAUCAACGUCAUAAACAACAACAACAAAACCAACAAGAGACUGAACAUGUAAAUAGUCAACAACAACAACAGCAACAAAUACAACAAUCUUUAUAUUUACAAAAAUCAACUACUUUAAAAGACCCAGAAGAUGCUCAAGCGAUUCCUUUGGGCAAUGGUAAAAAACUACCGCUUUUGAACCAUUUAUCUCCAGCUGUAGCGGCUGCAAUCCACCAAUUACCUGUAAAUCUUUCAAUACGUCCGAUUGCUUCUAUGCAGAAUAACGAAACAUCAUCGAACAACAUCAGUGGUUCCAAAAAGAAGCCACGCAAACCGAAUGUCUUUAUAGACGAUGAAAAAUAUGCCAUGGCCAAAAUGUUGGUGGCACAAAAUGCCUCAACUAUGGAAAUUGCCAAGGCACUGAAUGUCUCACAAAUGACUGCCUGGAAGCUAAGAGAUGCCAUAAUUAAGGGAGUACCCCUGUCGUAUCGCAAUAGACGUGAUAUCCGUAUGACCAUGAUGAGGCACGAUGAAGACACGGGCAGUGUGCUAAGUGAGGGCAGCGAUACGAGACGUGAAACCGAUACGGAAAGGCAACAACAGGCUUUGCUGGUGCAACAGCAAUUGGAUCAUCAGCAAAAAUUACAGCAGCAGCAUUUACAGCAGCAACAACAAAUACAACAACUGCUACAGAGACAACAACAGUUGCAACAGCAGCAGCAACAACUGGAACAGCAAAAGCAACAACGACAACAGGAAAGAGAACGUGAACAGCAGCAACAACUGCUGCAAAAGCAGAAAAAACAACUGCAGCAGCAGCAGCAACAGUCAACGCAACAAAUCCAGCCACUAGAACAAAAACACACAAAUCCUAGGCGUCGUCUUAAGGCAGCCGAACGUGAAGUUCGAGACAAAGAAAUAACGCGAGAAAUUCUAGAAUUAAUUAAAGAAGACAACAACAUACAAUACUGGAAAGUGUCGGCACGACUGGCGGAAAAGGGUUACGCUAUUUCGCCCUCUUCGGUGUGUCAGAAAUUAAAAUCGAUGGGCAUACACAGGCGCUGGAAGCCUGGCGACAAACCGCCCCUCAUCGAUAUGGAACAACUUAAGGGCAACACAAAUGCCGCCAACCAUAUCACCACCACCACCAGCAGUAUGGCAGCUUUAGCCACUGCGGCAGCUAAUGCACAAAAUGCAUCCUCAUCGGCCGAUGAAAGUUAUGAGCAACAAUUCGACAUGAGUGGUGCUCAUUUCUUAAGUGCCUUUACCACACGUUAACAAAAUUCAGACAACAGAGCAGCAAUACAUAUUGAACGAAUAUCCCUUAAGGAUUAAGGAGGUAAUAUUUAGCAGUAUGUGUGAAGUAGUAGGUAGUAGUUAAACUUGUAGUUGAAGUUGUAGAAAUAUUAUUAGUUUAAAUUAGAACAUAUUUUAGCUUUAAUUUAUAGCUAAACUGAACUUUGGAGUUAUAAUUUGGAGCUUGACAAAUUAUUUGUUGCUAUUAGUUUAAUAUUUGCUUUGUUAUCGCAUUCGUCAGAUUUGCCGGUUUUAUUGAGAAGCCCAGUAAUAAGAAAAUUAAUGAUUCAUUAAAAGUAUUAGCUAGAUGAAAUAUAUUAUUGCACCAUUAAUCGAUUUCGUAUCCUUCCCAAUUGCGAUAUUAUUAAGCCUUUUUAGUUGAUAGAUUGUCAAAAAACUCCAAUAACAAUAUCGCCAAAAUGUUAUGACGAUAUCGCCAAAUAUUCUUCUACACUAUGUGAAUUGUUGUAUUGGAAUUUGUCGCUAAAUAGAAUCUAAAGAAAAUCAAAAUUUAUUAUUGUUUUCGCUUUAAAAAAAAAACAAUGAAACGGUAGCGAAAUUCCCACUAUUCGUAGAAAACUACACUCGCAAACUUUGGAACACAACAACUAAAUAUAUGAGACCGUGGUUUACUACACCUUGUAAGACUAUAAAAAUUGCAACCAACAUUCAGAGUUUCCUGAUAAAAUUAAUAAAUAAACUUUAAAACAAAAGCGAUAUUUAAUAGCGGAAAUCGCUCUUCGUUGCAAACUACAUCUUCGUUUGCUAUGGUAAUUUUAAUUGAAACUACCCCUGUUUUGAAGGUCACAAUAACAAAAAAUAUGAAACUUUGAUUCACUACACUUGAGCAAAUUUGCAAGAUUAAAAUCAAUUGCAAACUGAUAAAUAUGCAAGACAUUUUUGCCCAUCAAACACAUAGUAUUGAUCUUAAAUUGAGAAUGAUUGCAAAUGUUUGAGAAUGCUUUGAUAGUUUUUGAAAAUAAUGCUUCUCCUUAAACAUUUUUUUUUUAAACCUGCAAAUCUGAUUAGUACUAGAGCAAAGCGAUUAUUUAAACUAUGAUUUUGGGCGUAAAAUAUUAUUAGAUUAUGUCAAGGUUAUUUAUGAUAAAUGAUGACUUAAUUUAAAUGUAUUUAGGUGAAAUAUUAAAAAAAUACUCGGUAAUUAAAUUCGAGGGGAGAUACUUUCGAAUUUCUAUGUAUUUGCAUAUAAAUUCCAACAUUUUCUUUUAACGAAUCAGCCAUUUGUGGGCUGAUUUGAUCGAUUUUAAAUAGCAACCGAAGCGGGACUAUAGCGGAUAUAUUGAUGUAUGAAUCAUGUAUGUAAGUUAUUUGAGGGCUACGGAAUAUUGAUUUCAACAUACAGACGUGCAUGCAUACUUACAACAGUGUAACAGAAGCAAGUAUGCAAGACCUUGGCUCCCAAUGACACGCUGUGUAAAAUUGAAAUUAUUUCCCAAUGUAUAUGCAAAAGAAGGCCUUUAGGAAGACCUGUUUACUGCAUCGUAUUUCCGCUGUUUUUCUUUUCCGUUGCUCUCUAUCACUAAUAUAAAAUAUUAUCUUAUAAAUCCCUCUCUCAGUGAUAUAACACAAACAACGAUUAAUGGUUAAGACUGUGAAAUUACCAUUGAAAUGAAAAUGGGUGGACCCGUAAUUUUCGAUCUCUGUUAAAAAGUCAAGAUAAUACGAGUAAUAUCCAAUUUGAACUACAUAAUUCCUAAAAAGUAUUAUUUAUUUAACUGCUGUGGAAUUAAUUUGUAUUUUACCAAUGAAAUUAAGUCAUCAUUUAAAUCUCAUUUAAACUCAGAAAACUCCAAUUUUUUCACACUCAAGUGGGAAUUAUGAAAAAUAUACAUAAUUAAAUAAAUAUAACCUAAAAUAAUUAAUGUAAAUUAAAAAACAGAAAAACAUUCCUCUUUUAAAAAACAUAUUUUUAUACAAUUUUAU